GGUGUAAAAAGUACGCGUGGGUAAAGGUAAGGGGUGAGGGGCUAAGUUUUGACAGAUUUGUGCGUACGUAUUAAAUAGAGAGACCCUUAUUUGUCAAAUUAAAUAUAAGCGAGGUAAAUACAAUUGUUAUUACCUGAUCAAAAGCCUGGAUUACCUUAAAUCCCCCCCUCCCGCUCUCAACUGCCGAAUGGACGCGUCUACUCGCCUGGCUCCGCCCACUCGCCUAGCUCCGCCCACUCGCCUGGCUCCGCCCACUCACCGGUAGUGACGUCACACACUUCAAGGCGGUCUGGUGAGGUUGACGCUCCACGUUUAAGCUCCCGACAACAACGCUAAGUUUUAGCUCCAGGAUAUUCACUGAGCUCCACUUACUACAGCUGCUUCGCCAUGGAGUUCAAGUUCUUCAAACUGCUCCUGCCGCUACUGCUGCUGCUUCUUGCGGGGUUCCAUCCUUCGGCUGCAAAGCCCGUGAUGUCCAAAAACAGCAUCAGUGCGCCCGAGGGAGUGGAGCCGGCGAUGGGAAUGUCCGGCUGGAUCCAGCGGAUGCGCGGCAUGAAAAUGACGACAGCUCCCCCUCGGACCAGCGCGACUGCAACCCCUCAAGCACCCGACAUUGUCCACAAAUCUUCAGUCUACAAGACGGUUACGUUGUCCGUCCUAAGUUCCAUUGGGCUGAUCACCCUGUGUGUUGGUGCAAGGCUUCUAUACUGGCGUUACAUGAGCCUUUCAGCACAGCCUGCAGAUGAUGGUGGCGAAGCCAAUGUCAUGAACAGUGAUGAAGAAGACGCGCCACCAUCACUCUGGAGCGAUAUCUCACGAGUCCUCACGGCAAUUCGCCAAUACAUAAUGCCGCAGCCAAGGGCCGUGGAUGAAGAAGGUGAAGACGUUGCACCAGGCGGGUGGUUUAUGGAGAUUCUAACUACCUUGGUGCAAAGCUUGAAGCCUGAGCCAGAGACCAGCAGCAGCACAGAUGGCAAUGGUGAUGCCCACAAAAAGUCGCACCAUAAGGCGAAGAACCUGAAGACAGGCAAAAAGAAGGAAAAGUUCAAGAAAUUCCUGGCAAAUAAGAGAACGCAAGUGAAGAAACUGCACAGCAAAUUCAAGGCGACUUUCAAGAAGAAAAUGCCAAAAUUUAAAUUUAGGAGGAAGCGCAAAUAGUCGUGGACAGUGACUACCCUUCCUCGACAAACCCUCCCCGCUCCUCCUCUUCACUCCGAACAUUUAUGAAUUAACAUGAUUACAUCUCUCGUCAUAUCGCAUUGCCUGCUCCCUACUUCAACCCUUCACAAAGUUAAUGAUCCCUCGUUUAGCCCAAAACAGAUUGUUUGGGCAAGGCCAGCAUAGUGGUCACACCCGGCUGCCUUUGUUUCCCGAGUGACGAUCUUUUUGCAUUCACCAUGUCCUCAUUUGAGUUUGAGUCAACCCACAGGAGACCCACCUGUUUUGUUACCAGAACAAAGGGGAAAACACAUUUUCAUACUUCAACCCACAUGCACACAUAUAACACAGAGAUCCCCUGUAUAGCCUUAACAGACUGUUCGGGCAAGUGCUGUUAGCGCCGGUUCCCGACCACCUCUCCUGCCUGUCCCGUGCCCUGUGGGCAUUUCUACUUGGUGGCCUGGCUGCCGGCGGUUGCCCACCGGGCAUCGCCGGCACCGAGCGACUUCCGCGCCAUCCCUCGAAACCGUUGGGCCGCUCCGUCACCCGCAUCUGGCGGCUCCUGUUCCGGGCCACUUGGCUGCCAAGGCAUCGGCAGCCCCGGGACAUCGGGGCUUUGUGCGGUCCGAAGGAUGGAAGGUCGAGCUCCGGGCCGGGGGAGUCUUCACCAUAUCAGCAUGCCGGGCACGGAGGGAAGCUUCGCGUCCGUGGAAAGCAAGCCGGGCCGAGGCUGCGGGUUCUUCCUUGUCGCGGGCCCCGGCCGGGACUCCACUGCUGCACUGCGUGGACAUUGCGGAACUCGUCGGUGGUGCGGGGGACUCCAUCGCCAUGGGCCCCUUCUCCCUCCUGGCUCCAGCCCCUCGCCCCACCCCCCUUUGUCUUUCCAAUGCAAUUUUGGGCUGACUACCUUUCAAUGUAUAUUUUCAAUUUAUUGUUAUGCUAGGUACAAUUGUAUAAUUGCUGUUACAGCACCUUGUUAAAGGCACUAUGUAAAUAUUAAGAUAAGAUGCACACUUGCGCAAAUGCUGAUAUACAUGUAACAUAAAAAAAACUAAUUUUAUUUGCAAUAUAUUUACAAAGUCUUGGUGCUUCUGUUGAACAAUGCAAUAUUCGCAUGCACAUAUAUGAUUCUGCAGCUUCACACGUGGUCACUCCUGCGAAUGAACUGUUUAAUUCCCAGCCAGGUCCGUCAACCCAGGCUUGGCUCAGAGCUCACAUCCUUCUUCUCACUCGAGCUUUUGUUUACUGCUUGUAGUGCAUUGCGCAUUGGGAUCCUAGAAUGGAAUCCGCAUUAUAAAUUUUAAUUAUUUUUUUAGAUUAG